GUUUACGCGCCUCGAGCUAGGCUGGCGAGACCUGUCAAUCACUCCCCGGGUAUCCAAUCAAUGGAAGUCUUGCACUCGACUUCCUAGUAUUUGGGGGGCUGGGGGAGACGUGAACGAUGUGCGCAGGCUUGGCACAGGGUAAACAUUCGUGUGUCCUCGAGCUUUGAGGGAGGGACUGAGCGAACUGUCAGAAAGAGAAAGAGAGGGAGAGAGAGUGAGAGAGAGUGAACAAGCGAAUGAGAGAAGAGACUUGCAACCAUCGCCGUGCACUGUAAUACUGGAUUGUACUUCAGCGGGAGUUAGCGGUUUGGCAGGUUUAUACACAUAAAAACAGAACAAAGAGAUAGUCUCUACAGUUCUAUAAAAGGAACAGCGAAAGAAAAGAAUAAAGCAACAAGGGGGAAAUCUCAGCGGCUAAAUUUCAAAAGAACCAAGGAGCCAGUGCUAGUGUUUUUCUCUCUUGCAAUAGGAACAUACACUUGGACUUCGUAUUUGGUGGAGAAAUUGCGAAAUUUCUUUGACCACUAGAAGUUUGUUGGGGCAAAGUUUUUUUCUUUGUAUUUUAAUUUUAAUUCUGAGACAUUCUGAAGACGAUUAAACGUUCUCGACGGACUGCACAUGGUUUCAAAGGGCUUUUGAAAACCUGGAUUUUUAUGCAUCGAUAUUUUAUCUAUUUCUAUUUGUCCUACAUGAAUGCUGUAAGCACAACAAAUACGGAUUUUAUUCCUUUUUGCUAUCCUUUUCAUUCCAUUAUCGUUUAGCAACAGAACAAGUCGAUGUUAUUAGCCAAAAUACAACCCAGACUUUUAAAGUUUGAAUAAUUCAUGAGAUACAAUUUGCCUGCUCGAAAAAAGUAACUGAAAAAGGGAGGGAGUAAUCAACAAACAUAUUCCUAAGGGUUAACGGAAUGGCCACCGCGGCUUCCAAUCCCUAUUUGUCCAGCAAUAGUAUCCUCUCGUCGGGCUCAAUCGUGCAUUCUGACUCUGGAGGUGGUGGUAUGCAGCCGGGCAGUGCUGCGGUUACUUCGGUGUCUGGUGGGUACAGGGGAGAUCCCACAGUAAAGAUGGUACAGAGUGACUUCAUGCAGGGGGCUAUGGCAGCAAGCAACGGAGGACAUAUGUUGAGCCAUGCCCAUCAGUGGGUGACAUCCCUGCCGCAUGCCGCGGCUGCGGCCGCUGCAGCCGCUGUAGCAGCAGCCGAAGCCGGGUCGCCUUGGUCGUCGAGUCCCGUUGGUAUGACAGGCAGCCCACAGCAGCAGGACGUGAAGAACAACUCUGGAAGAGACGAUCUACACACGGGAACCGCGUUGCACCACAGGCCCUCACACUUAGGUCCCCAUCAGACUCAUGCGGGGGCUUGGGGGAGCACAACCGCGGCUCACAUCAACUCGAUAUCCGGGGGACAGCAGCAGCAACAGUCGCUGAUCUACUCCAACCCUGGGGGCUUCACAGUCAACGGAAUGGUGCAUCCGGGUCUGGUAAGAGGGGACACCCCAGAACUGGACCACGGCAGCCAUCACCACCACCACCACCACCAGCAUCCACAUCAUCAGCAGCAGCAUCACGGAGGCGUGAACAGCCACGACCCGCACUCGGAUGAGGACACGCCGACCUCGGACGACUUGGAGCAGUUCGCCAAGCAGUUCAAACAGCGCCGGAUCAAACUGGGCUUUACGCAAGCGGACGUGGGCUUGGCCCUAGGCACCCUCUACGGGAACGUCUUUUCUCAGACCACCAUUUGUAGGUUCGAGGCCCUCCAGCUCAGCUUCAAAAAUAUGUGCAAGCUGAAGCCAUUGCUAAACAAAUGGCUGGAGGAGGCGGAUUCGACCACUGGAAGCCCGACCAGCAUUGACAAGAUCGCCGCACAAGGUAGGAAGCGAAAGAAGCGCACCUCCAUCGAAGUGAGUGUAAAGGGAGCUUUGGAGAGCCACUUUCUAAAAUGUCCCAAACCCUCGGCCCAAGAGAUAACAUCUCUAGCGGACAACUUACAGCUGGAGAAAGAAGUGGUUAGAGUGUGGUUUUGCAAUAGGAGACAGAAGGAAAAAAGGAUGACGCCCCCAGGAGUGCCACAGACGCCGGAGGAUGUGUACUCGCAGGUCGGCAAUGGACAUUUUUUAGUAGAUUACUUAAAAGAUGCAAGUUUAACUGGGCCGAGUGAACCGAGCGACCAGAGGGUGACUACCAGUUCGUUCCAUCAGGAACAAAAACUGCAACAGCAUCAAUACGAAGAACAGUGGCAUCCACGAAGCUUCCAACGUAUUUUUUGCGGGGAGGACUGCACGGUUUAAUGUUUCACAAAGAGGAAUUGGGAUUUUGAGGCCCUCCACGCCUAAUGGUAAAAUAUAAACCCACCAGGACUGUCCCCGCCAUCUGAUCUAAAAGAUCGCCUCUUUUUUGAAAUGGGUUUUUUAUUACGGGACUUGAACACCGCGAAUGGAUUUUUUUGAAGAAAUAGAAAGAGACAUUUGAAAAGACUAUCUUCAGCUGCACUUAUUUGAAAUUCUUCUCUCCUCCGUUGCCAAGUGUGACUGAAUGGGUGCUGUGGCUGUAACUAUAAUGCUGCCAUUUCUAAGCAGUAUUCUUUGGUAGGUUUUAAUAAACAACAGACUCUGUAAAGCCGGCAAUAUAGAUUCAUUAGAUCAAAUGCUGAUCUGAGUUAUUUACUUUAUAUUUUUCAUCAAAAUGACUUGUUUUAUUAUUUUAUUCGGAAUACAUAUAAAUUAUUCCAAACGGUAAUUUAUUUUUCCCCCAGAACUUUGUGUAAGAUGUUUUGCUUUCCUGUUUUCGUUGUUGACUUUAUUUGUUUUGUUUUAUUUUAUUUUGUAUUAUCGUUUCUAAAAGGAGCACAAAUCAACAUAAGCUGACAUUGACAGUUGUUAGGUAAUAAGGGUAUGUUUUGAUGUGAUAAUUUGAUUGUAAUUUAAUUUCAGUAGUGAUUCCGUACGAGCUAAUUGAGACCAAUAAAUUUGUUAGAAUGAAAUUA